AUGGCCAACAUACAAGUGGAUUUCGAGAAUACUUCGAUGGUUUUUUCUCCCGGACAAAUUGUGGCUGGCAAUAUUACUGUAGAUGUUCCCGAUGAUUUCAAAGCCAGAAAAAUAUGCGUGGAAUUGUGUGGAAAAGCUUAUACUUUUUGGGAAGGAGAAGUCAAGAACACCAAAGUCAAGUGAGUUUUUUUGGAAGAAAUUUCUGGAAUAUUUUGAUUUUCAGGAAUCUGGAUAUUGUUCGUGUUCGACAUAAUUGUGCAGACCACAAGGCAAAAAUCGUUUAUGCCAAAGACGAAUUAAUUGUAUGGAGAUCAGAAGAUCAAAAGGUAAUUCUUAGUCUGAAACAGAAUUUUGAGAAAUACAUAAAAUUUCAGAAUGAAAUUGCGGCUGGCUCCUACGUCUUCAAGUUCUCAUUUGCACUUCCGAAUUGGUGUCCUCCAAGUUUUGAAGGUGAAUAAAUGAUAUCUCGUCCUAUUCGAAACCCCAGAAACUAUUUUUUUCCAGGUGACAUUGGCUUUAUACGAUACUGCAUCAAAGUAGAAAUCGACCGACCUUGGAAAUUCGACGAUAAAUUCGUGCGCGGUUUCACAGUGAUACCUCGAAUUGACUUGGCACAAAUUCCAAAUUCACAAUUCCCAUCGAAACGACACAUUUGUGAAGAAUCCGGUUCAAUUCUUUUCAAACGCGGUGUAGUGAGAUUAGAGGUGAAACUUCUGCGUCAAGGAUUUGUUUGUGGUGAACAAAUUCCUGUUGAAAUUCAAAUCGAAAAUGAUUCGAACAAGAAAUUUGGAAAGGUGGGAGAAAACUAUUGAACUUAACAGAAUUAUUGUAAAAUUCCAGAUUUUAUGGAAAUUGGUUCAACGUGUAACUUAUACUGGUUUUCGAGAUGGAUUUGUUGAUUCUGAAACAUGUCAACAGAGACAAAAAGUGCAAUAUUCGACAAGGGUAAAUGCACAAAUUCGAGUUGAGGAGAGAAAGUUUUUCGAAAAACUUCAAGAUGUGAAAAUUGAGGAAAAUACAAAACACACAAUUAAUGAGAAUAUGACAAUUCCUUCACUUCCACCAACUAUUAAAUCUUGUGAUAUUAUUUCUGUCGAAUAUUUUCUAAAGGUAUCUACACAAAAUUAAAAAUAUAAACCGAAUAUUAACUUUUUUAAAGAUCAAAUUAACAUCAUCUGGAACAUUUUCAAAAUCAAUCAAAGUCGAAUGUCCAUUUAUUAUUGGAACUGAAAACUCUUUGAAAAUUCCGGAUCCCGAAAUUGAGUCAAUUCGAAGUUACAAACGAUCGAUAUUUGGAUUUAACUCAACAAGACUCAAAAAUCGAAGUUUGCAAAAAUUCGCCCCGUUUUAUCCCGUUUAUAACUUAACCUUGUAA